AUGACGGAAUGUGAAAAAUUACGUGUUGGUCACGAAUUUCUUAGCAACCAAGCAUGGCCGACUAGUUUUUACAAUGAAAAGCAUGAUCGAUGCUAUUGUAGCCGAUGUUAUCAGCAAUCAGACGAUGAUACAAGGACUGUUGGUGGUCAAACUUACGUUAUACCACGCGGCUGGACUCGCUUUGGUAUACAAGUCGAUGAAUCGUUUGCCCAGCAUCAUAAUGUAUGGACAGAAUGGGUGAAUUCUUAUCAUGGAACAAGUAUUGAAAAUUCUAAAUCAAUUGUUGAACAUCGACAAUUAUCCCUAUUCGAUGAUAUGACACAAGAUAAAAACGAAUCGGAAACACAACCUGACCAUGUUCCAGAAGAUUACUGCUUUUUAACUACACCAUCAAUCAAUUAUGCCUCUCUCAAUUGUAGAGGGCUGCAGGGCAAGACAUUUUAGUAACCUGUACCCUGCCCUU